AUGAAGUCUCGUAUGUGCCAUCAACAGCCUUGCGCUUUACUCGUGUCAGCGGGUGAUGUGGACAUGUUGGCCGAUAUCAUCAUGCGCAACCGUCUGAUAAUCUACGAUCUUUUGGCACUGCAAGCACCGGCAUUGAUGACGAAGUCUUAA